UUGUCUUCGGUACGGGAUUCAGUCUAACUCCAAGGAUUAAAAGGAACAAAUUAGAAGCGCAUCUGUGAACACGAAUUGCAUCAGAGUGAUGGGAUUACGGAGAAAUCAAAAGUUUAAGAAAGAAGAAAUAUUGAGUGUAUUUAUUUUUAUUUAAUUUAUUUGUUUUUUAAUUUUUCCAUUUGCAGGGAUUUACCCUAGAGGGACUACUUACGAGCUAGCUAUCCAAAUGGGGUCGUAUGCAAACUCUGCAGGGUUUGAUUGUGCAUUUGGGACUCCGGACUAAAGUAUGUUUCAGAGAUUUAUAGCAAUAAAAGACCCCCCUAUCUUGUCCAGCAUAACGACUAAAUGGCUGAGAUUUUUGGGGAAUUAUCGCCGUAGUAAGGAUGUAGCUAGCAACCACGCUGCAACCCGAAUGGUCUCGAUAGUCUCGCGCUUGUUUUGGCACGUUGCCGUUUAUUGAGUCUCCUUGGUUUAUCAAGACGCGACGCCUAUUACUUUGUUUUGAAAUGGAAACGAUAUCAGCUCCGAUUUUCUUGUACACGUGCCGUGACGGGAUGUUUUUAAUUCAAUAAUAAAUCACAUUUCUCCCCACACCAUGGCAAAUCCAGCUGCAGACCAGGGUUUUUCCGACGUGAGAAAGGUGGGUUAUUUAAGGAAACCCAAAAGCAUGCACAAGAGGUUUUUCGUCCUGCGAAUCGCGAGUGCCUCUGGACCGUCCAGGCUGGAAUACUACGAAAACGAGAAGAAAUGGAGACACAAGUCUGUAGCUCCUAAAAGGUCAAUUCCACUGGAGAGUUGCUUCAACAUUAACAAGAGAGCUGACUCCAAAAAUAAGUAUCUGGUGGCGCUGUACACUAAGGAGGAAUAUUUUGCAGUGGCGGCUGACAAUGAACAGGAGCAGGACAUGUGGUAUCAAGCGCUCCUGGACCUACACAACCGAGGUAAGCUGCUUCACGGGCCCGCGGGGGGCGGUAACGGCGGGACAGGCGGGGAUAGUUACGGGGCAGAGGCUACGCCAGGACCGGCUUUCAAGGAAGUCUGGCAGGUUGUUUUGAAACCAAAGGGACUGGGGCAUGCAAAGAAUCUGAUUGGGAUUUACCGCCUGUGCCUGACGAAUAAGACGAUCAGCCUGGUGAAGCUGAACUCAGACGCUGCGGCUGUGGUGCUGCAGCUGAUGAACAUCCGCCGCUGCGGGCACUCAGAAAGCUUCUUUUUCGUGGAGGUGGGGCGGUCGGCCAUCACAGGCCCCGGGGAGUUCUGGAUGCAGGCGGAUGACUCCGUGGUGGCACAGAAUAUGCACGAGACCAUACUGGAGGCCAUGAAAGCUAUGAGCGAGGAGUUCCACCCCCGGAGCAAGAGCCAGGGCUCCUCGAACCGCUCCACCCCUAUCUCCGUGCCCCUCCGGAGGCACCACCACCACGGCCACGCGCCCCCCAGUCAGGUGGGGCUGGGUCGGAGGUCGCGGGCGGAGAGUGCGGCGGCUGCCUCUCCCGCCGCCCCAGGGAGGCAGACCCGCUCGUUCCGGGUGAGGGCGUCCAGCGACGGGGAGGGCACCAUGUCUAGGCCGGCCUCAGCGGACGGCAGCCCCGUCAGCCCCAGCUCGGCGCGAGGGGCGAGUUCCCAGCGCCGCAGGACACUCACCAGCGCCCGGCUCCACCCACCCUUAACCCACAGCCGCUCCAUCCCCACACCCUCCUCCACCACCAGCCCCGUCAGCCUGUCCUCCUGCAGCAGCACCAGCGGCCACGGAUCGGCCUCCGACUGCCCCUACCCCCGGCGCCCCAGCGCCACGCCCUCCGGCUCCCCCAGCGACGGCGGCUUCGUCUCGUCUGACGAGUAUGGCUCCAGCCCCGGCGAUUUCCGCGGGUCCUCCUUCCGGAGCGCCACACCCGACUCCUCCCUCGGACACACUCCUCCGGCCCGGGAGGAGGAGCUGAAUAACUACAUCUAUAUGGCUAGGCCCGGUCUCACUGCUGUCGCCACGGCAACUGCGGCUGGCCGUCUCAACCCCAACCCUGCCCUUACCCGUCGCCUGUCACCCCCCCACCUGGAGGAGCUGGAGAAGAGCUUCCGGAAGAGGACGCACACCCCGCCCCCCGCUAGCACCUGCCACCAGAAGACGCCCUCUCAGUCCUCGCUGGACGAGUAUGCAGCCAUGACUCCGGGGUGCAGGCACCCUGACCUCCCACCCGUGACCUCGUACCCUGGGGAGACGCUGGACCUGCACGUGGAGCACAGGGGGGCUAGGUUAGGGGCGGGGACGGGGUUAGGAGCUCGACUGGGGGACGACGGCUACAUGCCCAUGUCACCGGGCGCGGCCCCUGCGUCAUCCCACAAGAGCGAUGACUAUAUGCCCAUGAGUCCAAAAACUGUGUCGGCCCCCCAGCAGAUCCUGGGCCCCCGCUCUCACUGCAGGGUGGAUUCCAGCGGGUACAUGAUGAUGUCCCCGGAGAACGGCGGCGGUGGCGAAUGCGUUAAGGCCUGGAGCAGUGGAGGGGGCAGGGGCGGGGCCGACCCCCCCGAGGGGAAGGGUUCCUACGGCGACUACAUCAGCAUGUCUCCCGGCAGCAGUUCCGCCACCAGCACCCCACCACCCGACUGCUACCUCAACCCUCCGCCACCUCCCGCAGAAGAGGCCCCGCCCACACCCGGCUCCUGCUACUAUUCUCUGCCUCGCUCCUACAGACGCGCCCCCGGGAAGCAGAGCCAGCUGAGGGUGGCCCUCGGUCCCGGGCGGCCGGCCUACCCAGAAUCCUCCUCUUCCUCUGCCAGCAGCGACAGUCUGGGUCCUCAGGACACCGUAGGGCGACCCCUCGGGGUCAGGUCAGCAGGGAGACCCCAGGUGCGCCCGACCCGGCUCUCUCUGGACUGCGCCCGUGCGAGCACCCUCCCACGGGCGCGGGAUAGCCCUUUCCCCUCUCCAGAACCACACAGCCCGGGGGAGUAUGUCAGCAUGGAGUUUGGGGACAGGCCCUUCUGCGCCAGCUUGGCCUCGCUCCUUGCGCCCGUGUUCACCGAGGACAGCAGCUUCCUCGAGGGAGGAACGCAGUGCCCCUCUGAGUAUGGGAACCUGGAGCUGGAGGCCGGUAGGACCCACCCGGGGUUCGAGGGGAAGGACUUUGCCCUUGGAAAUUUGGCGUCAGUAGUCCCUGGUACAGGGCCAGCACUCGGCACACUCAGUGCCUUCAGUCGGGUUCGCCCCAACCCCGACCAGAACCAGGGCGCCAGAGUGGUCAGGGUGGACCCACAGGCCCGACAGCGACACGGUUCUGGGACAUUCGGGCCUGAGUUGGGGGGAAGGACGACCCAGCCCCAGCUCCAGGCGAGCCAGGAGGGCACAAAACUCCACAGCUGCUCUUCUUUCGAAGACGCGUGGCCGUCACCCCGUGAUCCUGUCAGCGGGAGAGGGGAGCGGGCUCCUGUCGCUGGUGCCGCCUCUUCCUCCUCCUCCUCCUGCUCCUCAGCCCACAACCUCAACUACAUGGACCUUGACCUGGGGAAGGUUCUGGAACAGUCAGAAUGGAGCUUCCUCCCACCCGAAUGCCCCCAGCGGCUCGUCGAGCCUCCCACGGAGGAGGGGAACGGGUACGCCAGCGUUAGCUUUCGGAAGCCAGAGCGCGCCAACACCGACCCAUCACACAGGGAGGAAUGAAGACAUGGACUUCUCUGCAGACCCACAGAUCCUGAUCCUCUCCCUUCACAGAUACCGUGAAUCAGACUGUGUCCUGGUGAAAGCACAGUCCAUUCUGUCCCCUGCCUUUCUCCCUGUAACUCAGCGCAUUCUCUUAGCACAGCUCACCACAGUAUAGCACAGAGACACCAACACAGGAUGGAAGAGCACACUACACUACAGCACAGAGACACCAACACGGGAUGGAAGAGAACACUACACUACAGCACAGAAACACCAACACAGGAUGGAAGAGAACAGCUACAGUACAGCACAGAGACACCAACACAGGAUGGAAGAGAACAGCUACACUACAGCACAGAGACACCAACACAGGAUGGAAGAGAACACUACACUACAGCACAGAGACACCAACACAGGAUGGAAGAGAACAGCUACACUACAGCACAGAGACACCAACACAGGAUGGAAGAGAACACUACACUACAGCACAGAGACACCAACACAGGAUGGAAGAGAACACUACACUACAGCACAGAGACACCAACACGGGAUGGAAGAGAACACUACACUACAGCACAGAAACACCAACACAGGAUGGAAGAGAACAGCUCACCACAGUACAGCACAGAGACACCAACACAGGAUGGAAGAGAACAGCUACACUACAGCACAGAGACACCAAAACGGGAUGGAAGAGAACACUACACUACAGCACAGAGACACCAGCACGGGAUGUAAGAGCACAGCUCACCACAGUACAGCACAGAGACACCAACACAGGAUGGAAGAGAACAGCUACACUACAGUACAGAGACACCAACACAGGAUGGAAGAGAACAGCUACAGUACAGCACAGAGACACCAACACAGGAUGGAAGAGAACAGCUACACUACAGCACAGAGACACCAACACAGGAUGUAAGAGCACAGCUCACCACAGUACAGCACAGAGACACCAACACAGGAUGGAAGAGAACAGCUACACUACAGUACAGAGACACCAGCACGGGAUGGAAGAGCACAGCUCACCACAGUAUAGCACAGAGACACCAACACAGGAUGGAAGAGAACAGCUACACUACAGCACAGAGACACCAACACAGGAUGGAAGAGCACAGCUCACCACAGUACAGCACAGAGACACCAACACAGGAUGGAAGAGAACAGCUACACUACAGCACAGAGACACCAACACGGGAUGGAAGAGCACAGCUCACCACAGCACAGCACAGAGACAGUGGCACUGGAUGGAAGAGCACAGCUACACUACAGUACAGCACAGAGACACCAACACAGGAUGGAAGAGAACACUACACUACAGCACAGAGACACAAGCACGGGAUGGAAGAGAACAGCUACACUACAGCACAGAGACACAAGCACGGGAUGGAAGAGAACAGCUACACUACAGCACAGAGACACCAACACAGGAUGGAAGAGAACAGCUACACUACAGCACAGCAUAGCUAUUCUCUGUGUAAUCAUACAACACUGUCUGUCAGUGACCACUGUCAUGUGAAAGACUCUCAGAAAUGGCAUUGCCUUCUUAGUGAUAACAGGACACAGGUACUCAGCGAUGGAAAAAGUCACUGUCAGUACGGCAUUACCAUUUCAGAAUAGCAGUUAGAUUCUCUAUGACUACCACACAGUUGGCUUUUCAGGUACAGAAUAGCAGUUAGAUUCUCUAUGACUACCACACAGUUGGCUUUUCAGGUACAGAAUAGCAGUUAGAUUCUCUAUGACCAUACUGCACAGUCGGUUUUGCAGGUAUAGAAUAACUGUUAUAUUUUCUAUUACAUUUCUACAGUUACAUUUUCUAUGACCGAACACAGUAACUUUCUCGAUUACAGAAUAACACGGUUGCGUUCUCUAUGAAAGUGCAACACAGUUGCUCACAUUCAUUGUACAGCACAGGCGCUCAGUACAGUAUGACACAAUUAGGUCAGUGAGAGCAAUGCACAUUUUCUCAGUUACAGUAUCACACAGUUGCUCUCAUUCAUGAUACAGCGCACUUUGUCAGUUACAGUAUGAUAUAAUUAUGUUGAUGACUUCAGUGCACACAGAUUCUCUCUCAGUGUCUAUACAACACACUUAUGCCGCACCACACAGUUAUGGUAUAGCACAGUCCCUCUUUCUGAUGGUACAGCACAGUUGUGUUCUUAAUUUCAGUGUAGCACUUAUUUUAUCCUCACGGUUGCAAUAUAGCACAAUUUAUUUCACAGUUACUAUAAGGCACAGUUGGGUUCUCAGUUAAAUAUAGCACAGUUGUUUUCACAGUUACUGUACGGCACAGUUGGGUUCUCAGUUGAAAUCUAGCACAGUUUUUUUUUGUCUGUGACUGCACAGCACAGACUACGCUUUCUCAGUAAUGGUACAACACUGGUACAUUCUCAGUGGCGCUGUAGCAGUUAUGAUACGCACAGUUACAGUUGGUUGUGGAGUAGCACAGUCACUCUCCAUGACACUUCAGAACAUUUGGGUAGGCUUGCUAGCCUUCUCUGAGCUCAGGACCUGGUCUACAGAAACAAACACACACACAUACAAUAUGCAAUGAACACACAUACAUACACAAACACGCAUUCACACAUAUACACUAUGCAAUGCGCACACACAAACACACAAACACGCAUUCACACACGCAUAUAGAAUAUGCAAUGAACACACACACACAUUCACAUGCAAACACACGCACACACACACACACAUAUACACUAUGCAAUGCGCACACACAAACACAUAAUUUGCAAUGCGCGCACACACACACACACACACACACACACACACACACACACAGCAACUGUGACUCCUCAAUCCACCAGUCCCCUACUUCCAUACAGAUUCUUUAUUUAAAUUUUACACAUAUUAUUUGUACUGUUAUUGUUAAUAUUCUUCUUGGUUUUUGAGCCAGAAUAGCUGGUGUUUAUCAGUUUGGGAAUUUGUAUUUGUACCUUUUUGUUUUGUUUUUAAAAGUUCUCAUAUAGCUGUGGGAGGAGGUAUACUUGUCAGUUUUGCUCAAACAAUGUUCUCUUUGUGCCAUAUCUUUACUCAACAUAUCUAUGAGCAAAUCAAAUAGCAUAUUAAUUUCAACAGUAAUUUUAAAAUACCAUGUAUCCAUGAAACCUGAAUACCACAUUUCCACAUAGAUGACUCCCAAGUAGAGACAGUUCAAACCUCAAAAAAGUAAAAUAAUUAGUCUCCAUCGGUGCUGGAGUCAUUUGACAUGUGAUCUGUGUAAAUACUUUAGAGAUAGAAAGUACAUUCAUGUUUACCUGAAAGCUUUGAGUAAUUAAUAUUUCAUGGUUUGUAAUUCUGUUUAAAUGAUUUGGUACUCUUGGUACGCCAUGACAUUUUGAGAAAUGUUUUGUGCAUUUUAUGCAUUGUGCUCAAUGAGAGAAUCAGGACAAAAGAAUAAGAAUCAGCACACAGUAAACUGUCCAGUGUUAGUCUAACACUAGCAGUGUUUAUAUUGAGGGAUUCAAAUGUACACUUUCAGUGUCAAAUGUACUCCCUGGAGUUAAUUUAAUCAUUUGAUAUGUACUGAUUCUGCUCUUUGAAUGAAAUUUUUGCCAGUGUAUAUUGGGGGUGUUGAGUGCCUUCCCGUGUAUAUUAAACCCUUUUGUUGGUUGCCUUUGGCUGCUGUUUUUACCCCAACCCCCGCCUGUAUAUACAGUAACCAUAUGAAUACGAAUCCAUAGCGGGCCCACCUGGCAACCCCUUUUCUUCCUGUGUAUAUACUGUUAAUGACUGGAUGAAAAGAACAAAUGAAUGAAUUGAAUGUAUGUACGUGUGAGUGAAUUAAUGAGUGAAUGUCCGACUGAGUGAAUGAAUGAGUGAGUGAAUGAAUGAUUCUGCACCUUUGGUGUAAGGCUGGUCUGUGUUUAUGCCGCACUGUAUACUUUUUUCUGGAAUAAUAAAGUAGAAAUGUUUAUCUUUUUUCUUGGAA